AUGUUGCAGAGGCUGUCGAGGUCGAGGCCGAGAUUGUGGACUUCGGCGGAUUCGGGAGAGAGUGUGGUGCCGAGUGUGGCGACUGCAUCGGUGACCCAGUCAGUAUCCGUGGCGAGUGAGGCCAGUGUGGAUGCGAGGAUUGGUUUGGGAGCGGAGGCUGCUCCGGGUUGGGGUGGUGCUCUGGCUCAGGGUCUUGAUGACUUAGUGGUGGGUUUGCUGACGCAGUUAUUGGCUCGUUUUCUGCCAGUGGUUCCACAAGGGGCUCCGGGAGUACCUGUAGUGGCAGAGGUGCAGCAGAGGGCUGCGGGAUUUGUUCAGCUGCAGGCUGUGGGUUUGAUGGUGCCGUCCUACUUGGAUAUGUUGGGGCACAUGCAGAGGAUUGGUAUGCCGUACUUUGAGGACGGAGUUAGCCCAGAGGCGGCUGAUGAUAGGAUUUUACGUGGGUGUGAUAUGAUAUGA